AUGUCUAGAUUUUGUCAGCAUCGCCUCAAUCUUCAAGGUAUCACGAAAAACCAUUUUAUUGGUCACGACAUAUUGAAUAUAUUUAGGGCGGUCUACUUAAUUCCUGAGGUUAUUGCGCUAAUACGAAAACUUAAUUCAGCAGAAAACUGUGUAAAUUAUGAGUUACCGUUAUCUACCACUAGAGGAAUUGAAAUUCUACGAGAUCCACGGACAAAUAAAGGUUCGUCAUACAGCUUACAUGAACGUCAACUCCUCGGGAUACACGGACUUCUACCGCCUAGUUGUCAAGGUCAAGAUGUAGAAGAACAACGAAUUAUUUCAAACCUUUAUCAGCUAGAUGAUCACUUGAGUCGUUAUAUGAUGCUUAUGUCAUUACAGGAUCGUAAUGAAAAGUUAUUCUACAAAACUGUUCGAACUCACUUAGAAUAUUGUCUCCCGCUUAUCUAUACGCCUACUGUAGGCUCAGCUUGUUUGAAUUUCGGUUUUGUUUUUCGGCGACCACGAGGUCUUUAUGUAACUAUUCGAGAUCGGGGACAUAUAUUUGCUUUGUUAAACAAUUGGCCGGUUGACACGAUUAAGGCAGUGAUUAUGACUGAUGGUGAACGUAUAUUAGGCUUUGGUGAUUUAGGCGCUAAUGGAAUGGCUAUCCCCCUGAGCAAGGCUAUUCUUUAUGUGGCCUUAGGCGGUGUACAACCACUUCAUUGCUUGCCUAUAAUGUUGGAUGUUGGCACGAAUAAUGAAAAACUUUUGGAGGAUGAAUUUUAUGUUGGUCUACGAAGAAAACGUGCAACUGGCGAAGAGUAUAUUUCGUUUAUGGAUGAAGUGGUUGAAGCAUUAUCUACACACUAUGGACCAAAUGUUUGUCUGCAUUUCGCUGACUUUAAAACUUCAAACGCUUUCCAACUUUUAGAACGAUAUCGUUCUAAUUAUAUAACAUUCAAUGAUGAUAUACAAGGUUCUGCUGUGACUGUUGUCUCUGGUCUGAUAACUUCCACAAGAAAGACAGGAAAACGAUUAUCACAGAACGUCUAUCUAUUCUAUGGAAGUGGUGGGGCUGCAAUUGGUGUAGCACGAUUGUUAGUUCAAGCAAUCAUGGAAGAGGGUCUUUCCGAAGCUGAAGCUAAAUCACGUAUUUAUAUGAUGGAUUCACAUGGUUUAGUGGUUACAAGUCGUCCUCAAAAUGAACUUACUGGACCGAAAUCAGAAUUUGCUCAUUCUGAUUGCCCUCAGGUCGAUUCAUUACUGGAGGCUGUUCGAUCAAUCCGACCGUCUAUUCUGAUUGGAGCUUCCGCAAAACCGGGUGCAUUCACUCGUGAUGUCCUGCGUGAAAUGGCUACAGUUAACAAAAUUCCUGUGAUCUUCGUUCUGAGUAAUCCCUCAAAUUUAGCCGAAUGCAGUGCUCAGCUGGCUUACAAAGCUACUGAAUGGAGGUGCAUUUAUGUUAGUGGUUCGCCGUCUGAUCCAGUUCAAGCACCAGAUGGUCGUUUAUUGGUUCCUAGUCAAGGGAAUAAUUGCUAUGUUUUCCCAGGUUUAGUUAAUGCCCUGUCAUUGGCUAUGAUACGUCCACUUACUGAUAAACUUUUGCUUACAGCAGCUAAGAAAUUGUCUGAAUUGGUUACAAACGAGGAUUUAAGCAAAGGCAGUGUCUAUCCAUCAAUUGCCAGUCUGGCUAAAGUAUCAAAAGAAAUCUCUUAUGCUGUUAUGGAACAAGCUUUCAAGGAUAAAAUAGCCUAUUAUUCACCAGAACCACAGAACAAAGUAGAAUUCAUUGAAUCACAUUAUUACGAUCAUAGAUAUAUUGAUUUUACACCUGAUCAGUAUGUUUGGUAA